AUGGACUCGGACGAAGGCUACAACUACGAGUUCGACGAGGACGAAGAGUGCAGCGAGGAGGACAGCGGCGCCGAGGAGGAGGAGGACGAGGACGACGAUGAGCCGGACGAUGAUAACCUGGAUCUGGGCGAGGUGGAGCUGGUGGAGCCGGGGCUGGGCGUCGGCGGGGAGCGGGACGGACUGCUGUGCGGGGAGACGGGCGGCGGCGGCGGCAGCGCUCUGGGGCCCGGAGGUGGCGGCGGCGGCGGUGGCGGCGGCGGCGGGCCGGGGCAUGAGCAGGAGGAGGAUUACCGCUACGAGGUGCUCACGGCCGAGCAGAUUCUGCAACACAUGGUGGAAUGUAUCCGGGAGGUCAACGAGGUCAUCCAGAAUCCAGCAACUAUCACAAGAAUACUCCUUAGCCACUUCAAUUGGGAUAAAGAGAAGCUAAUGGAAAGGUACUUUGAUGGAAACCUGGAGAAGCUCUUUGCUGAGUGUCAUGUAAUUAAUCCAAGUAAAAAGUCUCGAACACGCCAGAUGAAUACAAGGUCAUCAGCACAGGAUAUGCCUUGUCAGAUCUGCUACUUGAACUACCCUAACUCGUAUUUCACUGGCCUUGAAUGUGGACAUAAGUUUUGUAUGCAGUGCUGGAGUGAAUAUUUAACUACCAAAAUAAUGGAAGAAGGCAUGGGACAGACUAUUUCGUGUCCUGCUCAUGGUUGUGAUAUCUUAGUGGAUGACAACACAGUUAUGCGCCUGAUCACAGAUUCAAAAGUUAAAUUAAAGUAUCAGCAUUUAAUAACAAAUAGCUUUGUAGAGUGCAAUCGACUGUUAAAGUGGUGUCCUGCCCCAGACUGCCACCAUGUUGUUAAAGUUCAAUAUCCUGAUGCUAAACCUGUUCGCUGCAAAUGUGGGCGCCAGUUUUGCUUUAACUGUGGAGAAAAUUGGCAUGACCCUGUUAAAUGUAAGUGGUUGAAGAAGUGGAUUAAAAAGUGUGAUGAUGACAGUGAAACCUCUAAUUGGAUUGCAGCCAACACAAAGGAAUGUCCCAAAUGCCAUGUCACAAUUGAGAAGGAUGGCGGUUGUAAUCACAUGGUCUGUCGUAACCAGAACUGUAAAGCAGAGUUUUGCUGGGUGUGUCUUGGCCCUUGGGAACCACAUGGAUCUGCCUGGUACAACUGUAACCGCUAUAAUGAGGAUGAUGCAAAGGCAGCAAGAGACGCACAGGAGAGAUCUAGGGCAGCCCUGCAGAGGUACCUGUUCUACUGUAAUCGCUAUAUGAACCACAUGCAGAGUCUCCGCUUUGAGCACAAACUAUAUGCUCAGGUGAAGCAGAAAAUGGAAGAGAUGCAGCAGCACAACAUGUCCUGGAUUGAGGUGCAGUUCCUGAAGAAAGCAGUCGAUGUCCUCUGCCAGUGUCGUGCCACACUCAUGUACACUUAUGUCUUCGCUUUCUACCUCAAAAAGAAUAACCAGUCCAUUAUCUUUGAGAAUAACCAAGCAGAUCUAGAGAAUGCCACAGAGGUGCUCUCGGGUUACCUCGAACGAGAUAUUUCCCAAGACUCUCUGCAGGAUAUAAAGCAGAAAGUACAAGAUAAGUACAGAUACUGUGAGAGUCGACGAAGGGUUUUGUUACAGCAUGUGCAUGAAGGCUAUGAAAAAGAUCUGUGGGAGUACAUUGAGGACUGA